UUGAGCUCCCUGCCCGCGCGGGCGCUGCCGCCGUCAGUCGGGGAGGCGCCCGAUCGCUGCUCCCUGCUCCGCGGUCCUUUCCCUGCGCUGAAGAUGAAGUAGGAGUCUGCCUGCAGCCCGUGUGUGAAGGCUGAGUGCUCCCCCCUCACUUCCAGCAGCAGGUACCACAUGCCCGGUCCUGCUAUGAAAACAGCUGAAACUCCAGGCACCAGUGGCAGCUUUUCCAUUCCCAGGCGGGGGUGUGAGAAGGGGUAAGAAGGAGGGAGAAGGACGACGACGCAGAGGAGUACCCGUCCCGGAAAAGCAGAGGAAAGUUCUCUUGUCCGUCUCCAAGCUGACUUUCUCUCCCUCUCCCUCAGCCUGGACUGGACGGGCAUCCACCGCAAGCACCUGGAGGGGGAUUCCUUGCCUCCAGCAGCAGCAGGUUCUGGACGCUGCCAGAGCCCCAGCUCCCACCCCCCCUCCCUUAGCAAUGAACGCUUCGUGCUGCCUGGCUGCUCAGCCAACACUGCCCAACAGCUCAGAGCAGCUCGCGGCGCCCUCCUUCAGCAACCAGAGCAGCGGCGGCUUCUGCGAGCAGGUCUUCAUCAAGCCCCAAGUCUUCCUGGCGCUGGGCAUCGUCAGCCUGCUGGAGAACAUCCUGGUCAUCCUGGCUGUGGUCAGGAACGGCAACCUGCACUCCCCCAUGUACUUCUUCCUCUGCAGCCUGGCGGUGGCCGACAUGCUGGUGAGCGUGUCCAACGCCCUGGAGACCAUCAUGAUCGCCGUCGUCAACAGCAACUACCUGACCUUCGAGGACCAGUUCAUCCAGCACAUGGACAACGUCUUCGACUCCAUGAUCUGCAUCUCCCUGGUGGCCUCCAUCUGCAACCUGCUGGCCAUCGCCGUGGACAGGUACGUCACCAUCUUCUACGCGCUGCGCUACCACAGCAUCAUGACGGUGCGGAAGGCGCUCGCCUGGAUCGCGGCCAUCUGGGCGUGCUGCGGUGUCUGUGGCGUGGUCUUCAUCGUCUACUCCGAGAGCAAGAUGGUCAUCGUGUGCCUCAUCACCAUGUUCUUCGCCAUGCUGCUCCUCAUGGGCACCCUCUACGUGCACAUGUUCCUCUUCGCCCGGCUGCACGUCCAGCGCAUCGCGGCGCUGCCACCUGCCGGGGGGGUGGCCCCACAGCAGCACUCGUGCCUGAAGGGGGCUGUCACCAUCACCAUCCUGCUGGGGGUCUUCAUCUUCUGCUGGGCCCCCUUCUUCCUCCACCUCAUCCUCAUCAUAACCUGCCCCACCAACCCCUACUGCGUCUGUUACACCGCCCACUUCAACACCUACCUGGUCCUCAUCAUGUGCAACUCCAUCAUCGACCCGCUCAUCUACGCCUUCCGGAGCCUGGAGCUACGUAACACCUUCAGGGAGAUCCUCUGCAGCUGUGACAGCCUGAACCUCGGGUAGGGCGCCGCGGCCACUGAAGUGGGCGACGGCUCCGUCGCUGGUGAGCCCCCAACCAGCCAAGGUGUUCGGAAAAAAGAAGAGGGGGUAGAUAAAUCCUUGGAAGACUUAAAAUAUGUCAACAGCCAUGAUUGUACAUGUCUUUUGUCUUUGUGCUUGCAAAGCUUUUCAAAGGGGAAAAUGGUACAUAACAGGCUUUCUCGAAGGAUUCCAAAGUGGGUAAGUCACUGAUUUCCCAAAGAGGCCCUGGCGGGACUCAGU